UGUCACUUAAGUUUACUUCAGCAGUGGCCACUAACCUUCUUCACCUGUCCUGUUCUUUACUACUGCAUCUCAAUAUCUCAUCUUCUUAUCUUUACUUUAACCCACUCGAUUUCCAAUUCUUAUUACCCACAGUAUUUCCAAUUUCUAUUGUUUUUCAGUAAUUGGAGUUAUAAUUUCCAAGCAUCCUACCAAACUAAUUUCGUGGAUCAAAACUACUCAAAUUCAAUGAAUUACACUACAUUGUCGCUUGAAAUUAGGUAAUUUAAUGGCGAAAAUUUCGCAGAGGGAGAAACUUCUGUUAGGAUAUGCUUCAAAUUCUUUGUCAAACUCUUCAAGUAGAAGGAAUUCUGAAGUUGAUUUUAGUGAUGUAUUUGGUGGCCCACCCAGGCGUUCUUCUACUCAUGAAUUUUUCCAGAAUGAAAUCGGUUCCACGGAUUGUAUGAAUGAUGAUGUUGAAAUCAAUGCCGAUGUAGAUGCUGAUGAAAGGUUUCCGAGUUCAUGGUUGGAAUUAGGGGAGAAGCCAGUAUUUGGGGAUCAAAUUGGGGUCCGAAACAGGUAUUCGAGCCAGGAUUUCUAUGAUGAUGUAUUUGGAGGUGAUCAACCACUGUUGAGUUGUUCUUUGUCUCCGAGAAUUCAUAUGCCAGGUAGAAACCCGUUUUCUUCGGCUCCGGGUUCUCGGCCUAUCAGUCCUUCACGGCCUUUGCCUCCUGGCGUUGACCCCUCAGUUACUCUUUCAAAGUUGAGCCUGCCAGGAAGAAUAUCAAGCACAGACAUUAUGGCAUCCACAUCAAUGAAUCAAAGUUCCAAGUCUUCUAGGCGUUCUAUUUCCAGAUUAAGGCAAAGUUCCCAAAAUGAUUUAGCUUCCUUUGGUAACAAGCCAACAAACAGUAGCAAAUUCAGUGGAACAGAAUACGAUGCAAAGCCUACAAUGGAUUCAAAUGAAAAUAUUCAAUUCCAUUUUUCAAUAUAUAAAUGGGCAAACAAAGGAGUUCCUAUUGCAAUGUCAUCCUCUAAGAAAAGAAGCCCUUCAAGAUCGAAAGUUAAAUUGAUAACUAGUGAAAGAUAUUUGAGCAGUAGUAAAAUUGAUGUUAUCGUUAAUGAUGCUUCUCUUUCUGCCAGCAAACGAAGAAUACAAUCUAAUAUUCAAGUAAGAGAGUGCAAAUCAGAGGAUGCAAUUACUGAAAAAUUUGCUUCUGACAGGCAAGAGGGUUCAAAAGAAGUGUCUGAUCAUUCACAGAAAAGUUUAGAACAAAGCUCUUCAAAGAUUACUAAAUCUAGUUUCAGGUCUCUAAGCUCCUUGUUUAGGGAACACAAAAAAGAGAAUAGAAAACCAAGCGCUGUUAAGGGAGGGAAGGAAAGCAUAGUGAAUGAUGAAACAGAAACAAGAAGUUACAAAGUUAAUAAAACUAAGGUGCAUGGUAUUGAUACUUCGAGUGGAGAAAACAAAUACGUUGACAAAAGCCAAGGAAGAACAAAAGUGAAGGAUUAUAUCAAAGUUUUCAACCAACAAUCUUGUCCAAAUGCUGGAAGUCAUAGUCGUAGUUGGAGAUGGAAGGACAUUACUAGCACAACCACCAUUGAAGCUGAGAGUGAUGUUAAAACUCGUCAGGCUAAAGAUGAUGAUGAAAUGCAAGCUUCCUUUGUUAGCUUGGGCAAAACUCGGUCUGACUCCAUACGUGAGGUUGAUACCAUCAGUGGCAGUGGCAGUGGCAGUGUUUCUGAUACCAAUGCUUCAAAAUCAAAUAAAGAACCAAACAAAGCUGUUGGAGAAUCUGCACCAAAAAUCAAUGUUAAUUGUGUUGGUGACAACCAUCAGGUUAAUGGAGUGUCAGAAGACAAUGGAACUGAGUCACAAGAAACUCAGAGUUAUGAGCGUAAAGUAAAGCAAUGGUCUAAAGGAAAGGAGAGAAACAUGCGUGCCUUGCUCUCAACCCUGCAAUUUGUUCUUUGGCCUAAUAGUGGAUGGAGACCGAUUCCACUAGUUGAUAUAAUAGAAGCCAAUGCAGUGAAAAAAGCAUAUCAAAGAGCUCUAUUAUGUUUACACCCUGAUAAAUUGCAACAAAAAGGUGCUUCUCCUUAUCAAAAGUUAAUUGCAGAAAAGGUUUUUGAUAUUUUGCAGGAGGCUUGGGAGCAAUUUAACGCCAUUGGACUUCUCUCAUAGUUACUCAUUAAGCAACCAAAAAAAUUAGAUCAAAGGGGCACAUUAGGGAUGGGAUUUUUCCUUUUCCUCCCACCUGCUCCCAAUGGGCCGGCUCAUUGACUUCAAGUAGAGCAAUCAUCUUACCAUUUAGAAAUAUUUUUUUUGAAUUCACUUUUACCAUUUAUUGAAAAUAUACGAAUCACAAAAUGUAUUUUAUAUAGCAAAUGAGUGUAUAUAAAUUUAUUCCUUUGUUGAUCUUAGCGUUGAUCAAUCACACGCCAAAUUCAAGUUGGCUUGGAUAAUAGGCCAAAUUCCAAGCCAAGAUUAUUUUC